GCAGAAUCGUGCGCGAGCAACGCUUUUAAAAUCACAAUCUAAAACAGAUUCGUAUCGUUACAACCGACAUACAUAUCGCGUCCGUACCAUAUCAGUGAAUUUUUGAAAAAAAAAUCCGAAAAUAUGGCAUUUAAGUGAGGAACAAUGGCACCAAGCCGGUUUUUCCGCCCGGAGUGCGACAGUGACACCACGUCGAGUGAUUCCGGUCCGAAAAUGGAAAAGUGAUGGUCAUCAUGUUUAGGGAACUCGAGUGAAAAUGAUGAUGACACAGAGAGGACCUGGACCUCCGUAUAAUGUGAUCUUUUCUCUCGUUAUUUUGGUCCUAGCAUGCACCACGUUCGCAGUCGGCGAAAAAAGCAAAUAUUAUUCCAUGCAGUCGUUGUGCAAGAACCAUUUCCUGCAGCAACUCUACCGGAAAAUCGACGGUGCCGUUCUGUGGUCAAAAAACGAGCGAAAUUUGGAUUGCGUUAUCACGUUUCAGACACACUCGAUUUUGCAGCGGUUUAUGCUCCGGUUCGACUCCUUGCAACUUGACUGCAACGACCAUCUGUACAUCUAUGAUGGGGCGCAUGCCGUCGGCACGUACAAGUUUGACCUCUCCUGCAGAAAUACAAAGCAAACACUGGGGGCCAUGUUCACUCGCACCAAUUACGUUACUCUCAAAUACGUAACGGACGCUUGGGGCACCAACGACAACGGCUUUACGCUCGUCAUCACGGCAGUGAAGGACCCGAAGCAUGCCUGCACUGAGUUUCGCUGCAACUUGCGUGAGUUUUGUAUAGCCACGGACUUGGUCUGCGACAGCAUCAAUCACUGUGCGGACGGCUCUGAUGAAUCUUCAAACACUUUAUGUCAGAGUGUUUCUUUUCCAGAUAACGAAACGGGAACAAUCCUCGGCUUGGAAAUGACGUGGUUUGUUGUAACAGUAAUUAGCACUUUGUUAGUUUUGUUAGUUUGCAUUGUUACCGUUUCCAUAUGUUUAUGUCAGCGCGGCUGGAGCGCCACGACCAGAUCCGGAAACGGAAACGUGGCCCAACCGAACGCCCCAUACCCACUUCAGCAGAUGUACGGUUCGAAUGGUGCGAUGAAACAGGGGGCUAGCAUGACGACUUUGACAAGUGCUGGCGCCGCCACUGCAACCGCCGUUCAGGGAAACUGGCGCCACCCUGCGGGCCCACUAGGGUUCCGCCUCAGCACGCCGGCCCGGGCCCGCCUCUACUGCCAGGCAAAGUGAGACCAACGGCGCCCAACGCGCCCAUCAACGGGGGAGACGCCGACCUAGUCUCACAAAGUCAAAAAGACGAAUGGUUCGUCUAGCAGUAGAAGCGGCCGAGUCGUAGCCUGCAGGGUGAGUCGAGUGCAGAACCCAGCGCUCGGCCAACAGCACCAAUCGACUGUCAGCCACGUGACCUCUCCUCACUGUGUGUUUGACUAUCCAAAGGACUGUAUUUACGUUUAGCAAUGUAUAAGUAUAGUACGAAACAGUGCAUUUUACACAGCUUUCUUUCCAAAACUCGACACUUACCUAACUAUUCUGUCUGGUAUCAUACCUACCUACAUAUCUUAGCGUCAAUAAAAAAAUUGGUAAAAAUCUUGCGAGGGGAGGCGAUACUAACAUCACAUAUUUCGUGUGAAAGACAAUACAAAAACAAAAAAUUAGCCUAAUCUAGAGAUAAUUUAGGAUGCAUUCUGAGAGGGGGUUUGUUACUUGUGAUGUCACACAGCUCAGUACUGCCGACAGGAGGAGAAAGCUUAGGAAACGUGUAUCGAAUCAACGCACACAGCCAAUAGACAAAUACGAACGACACUAUAGUACUGUAUGUUUAACUAGAUAGAUGUAAUUAGUGGAAAAAGCACUGUACUUGUAUAGCACCGUGGCUGUCGAGGUCACUGGCAGCCUCCUUUAGAACAAUAAAGCGAAUUUUCAAUUUGUCUAUCCAAGAACGAGUGUAAACUUGUAUGUAUAGAACAAUAAGCUGCUGCUAAGGCGGUAUUAGUGUAAUUUUUCUAUGGAUGGGACGGAGCUUGGACCCGAUUUUUGGGGCAACGGCGGGUCAAAACUCCGUCAGCAUCGCACGAACAACUCCAAUGUUAUUCUACAUGAAUUUCGUACCAUUUUUUACUAUAGCAGACCUGACGAGUAUGUUUAUACACAUAUCUUUUAGACAAGUAACUAGAGUAGCUUCAGGACGGCUUCGUUUGUAUAUUAUCGUAGUACGCUUACCAUAGUCUUGUGGGCAAAUUUUCCUCUUGCCACUCAUUUACUUCGGUUACCGCACGGUAACAACUCGCCAAAUACGUUUCACGAAACAGAAACAUAUCAGGGACUCGCAAUAUCACCGAAAGCAUUUUCUAACAUAUCAAAUUUGCUCACAAGAGAUUUAUUUUUGUGUACAAUUUGUCCGCUACAAUAAAACGGUGCAGAUGUUUAGCAAAAAACCGAUUAUUUAAAGGCCUCAUUUUCGGGCGCACUAUAACCACCACACACGAUUUCAUCUCCCAAAGUGUCAUUGCUUCAGCCGCACACGUAGUUGCAAUUACGCUGAAAUCACCCUGAAAAAUUUCAGCGUAACUUCCGACUUGACUGAUCACACCCUUCCCUGUACUUACACCGUUGACCAAUCGUUAGAAUUACAGUCCUCUAGCAAAUUACCAAUUAAAAUGUCCGUGUGUGUUCUUUAAUGGAGUACAGAAAUGUUUCUUUAAUAAAAAAUCUGAACCA